AUGCCAGAGACGGAUGGCGGGGUGUCUUUGGUAAAUAUUAUCAUUGAAAGUAUUGCUCCGUCAACUCAAGCGACCUUGGCCUUGCGAUACUACUUCUGGGACAAAUUUUCCGGUCAUCGAAGCGUGCCAACUGCUGUCAAGAAAGCGUCUCGACUACUUGACAUCGGAUGGUCUGAGUAUGGGUCGUCAAGAUACAAUUGGGAUGGUAUGCGACACUAG